AUGACGACGUCGGACGCGGCGGUCGAGACGACUUGUGCCUACCUGCCAGAGACGCGGCGGCGGGAAUCAAGGCUAGGGCGAGACCAUGUCGGACCUGGGCUCGGAGGAGUUGGAGGAAGAGGGAGAGAAUGAUCUUGGGGAGUAUGAGGGAGAGCGGAAUGAGGCUGGCGAACGGCACGGACAUGGGAAAGCGAGGCUACCUAACGGGGACACCUACGAAGGGAGCUAUGAAUUUGGUAAAAGACACGGCCAGGGGAUCUACAAAUUUAAAAAUGGUGCUCGAUACAUCGGAGAAUAUGUUAAAAAUAAAAAACAUGGUCAAGGAACUUUUAUAUAUCCAGAUGGAUCAAGAUAUGAAGGCGAGUGGGCAGAUGACCUGAGGCACGGCCAUGGUGUGUACUACUACAUCAAUAAUGACACCUACACUGGAGAGUGGUUUGCUCACCAAAGGCACGGACAAGGCACCUAUUUCUAUGCAGAGACGGGCAGUAAGUAUGUUGGUACCUGGGUGAACGGACAACAGGAGGGCAUGGCCGAACUCAUUCACCUGAACCACAGGUACCAGGGCAAGUUCUUGAACAAAAAUCCUGUUGGCCCUGGAAAGUAUGUAUUUGACAUUGGAUGUGAGCAGCAUGGUGAAUAUCGUUUAACAGACACGGAAAGAGGAGAAGAGGAAGAGGAGGAGGAAGCAUUAGUAACUGUCAUUCCAAAAUGGAAAGCUACCAAAAUCACGGAGUUAGCCUUUUGGACACCAACCCUCCCUGAGGAACUGAUGCCCACAGAUAGACCUGGCCAAGAAGAGACUCCGGGAGCUGAGGGCAUAGGAGAAGUUGGGGAGGAAGCCCAGGGUCUGAUGGAGGGUUCCGAGGGCGACAUGGAGAUGCGGGCUGCAGAUGAAGACGCAUAUGGCCUCAAGGACGAGAGCCGGGAUAAUGGGCGAGAUGAAUUCCGCUCUGACGGCGACCUUGGAAAUACUAAUUUCGAAGAAGAAACUAGACAAUCAGACAUACAGGAUUAAGAUGAAGCCAGCAGGAAGAAUAGAAUACUGUUUCAUAAAAAUACUUCUGCCAGUUGGAGAGUUAAUAAUCUUUAGUGUAGAGGUAUUAAUCUUUCUCACUUAGUUGUGCAUUCAGUUGGUUUACAAUUGCAAAUAAAUCUCUUUAUUAUCUUUUGUUUCUAAAA